AUGGAAGCAUUAGGAACGUUGAAACAAGUCGAGGCAGAAAAGCAGAAACAAAUUGAUGAAGACAAGAAUAAGGAACUGAAAAAUAAAUAUACCAACGAAGCUUUGAAUGCUGAGAGACGUAAAAAUCAAGAAGAAAGAGAGUAUAGAAAAUACAUUAUGGAGGAGACAAAUGAAGAUGAAUCAAGUAUUGUUAACUACUUGGAAAUUCUUGAUUCUUUCAUAUCUAAGCCACAGGCAGAUGAUUGUUUAGUAAAUCUUGUUCCGGUUUUUGCGCCAUGGUCUUCCUUGACUAAAUUCAAGUAUAAGGUUAAAAUUCAGCCUGGAAGUGGAAAGAAAGGGAAGUGCAUUAACGAUACAUUGAAUUAUUUCGCAAAUCGUAAAAUGGACCCUUCUCAUACUGAUACUGAUUUAGACUGGGAAAAUGAAAGAGAUAUUUUAAAAGGUACCAAGCCUAAUGAUCUAAUGGGUGUAUUUACGGUUAGUAAGGUUAAGUUGAUGUUACCUGGUGGACAAGAUAAGGCUGCUAAAAACGCUCCUGCAAAAAGAGGUAAGAGAUAA